AUGCCCCUGGACUGGAGGUGCAAAGGUGCCACCUUGCUCUCCCGCAGCGCUGCCGCUGGCCCGACUCUCCCCACGCAACAACACAUCAUGAGGGUGUCCGCCAUUGCCUGCGGGCUUUUCGCCUGCUUCGUUUCCCAGGUCGCUGCCACGGCAUUGACCUACAAGCUCCACGCCAACGAGAAGGCCUGCUUCUACGCCAAGACCCAGAAGGAUAACGAGAAGAUUGCCUUUUACUUUGCCGUCCAAUCUGGUGGUUCUUUCGAUGUCGACUACACCGUCACCGGCCCGGGCAACAAGAUGAUCCUCGAUGGAGCCAAGGAGCGCCAGGGCGACUUUGUCUUCACGGCCCAGCAGAUGGGCGACUACGAGUUCUGCUUCAACAACGAGAUGAGUACCUUUGCCGAGAAGUUUGUCGACUUUGAGAUUGCCGUCGAGAACGAGGUUCGCGCUCAGCUUCCCGCCAAGCAGGGUGCCUCUCCCGAACAGCACUCCACCCUCGAGGAGACCAUCUUCAAGCUCUCCGGCCAGCUCUCGACCAUCUCGAGAGGCCAGAAGUACUUCCGCACCAGAGAGAACCGCAACUUCAGCACUGUCCGCAGCACCGAAGGCCGCAUCAUCAACUUCAGCAUGAUCCAGUGCGCCCUCAUCGUGCUUAUGGGAGCUCUGCAGGUGUUUAUCGUUCGCUUCUUCUUCCAGGGCGCGCGCAAGGGCUACGUAUGA